UGAAAGUUUCAUUAGGCAUAAAGCUAGAUUUCUGCUGGACAGACAAAAAGUAACAACAAAAAUCUUCUAGCAAUUAGAGAUGCUUAGAAAACACUCCACUAUCUAUGACAAACAUGCAUGCCACCAAAUUUACUAUUCAAGCUAAUCAUUUCAAAGAAUAAUCACAAAAACUUUGGCCCUCUACCUAUAAGUAAGCAUUUGUAGUUGUCAAAUGUCACAUAACAUAAGCCACAAAAUAGUUACCCUUUAGUAGAUUUCCAAUGGCAUACUUUGUUCCAUUGUUGAGCACAUUUCUUUUUUUCUCCAUCUACUAUUCGCAAGGGAAUGCACUUAGUUCAAAUUACUAUGCAAAAACAUGCCCUCAAGCUGAAGACACAGUAAUGAAGAUUGUUAAGGAGGAAGCACAGAAAGAUAGAACAGUGCCUGCAACACUUCUAAGGAUGCAUUUCCAUGAUUGUUUCCUACGGGGAUGUGAUGCUUCAAUUUUGUUGAGCUCCAAGGGGAAAAACACCGCAGAAAAGGACGCGCCUCCUAAUGGUUCUAUGCACGGAUUCUAUGUUAUUGAUGGCGCGAAGAGAGCAGUUGAAGCUAUAUGUCCUGGCGUUGUCUCUUGUGCUGAUAUAUUAGCGUUUGCUGCAAGAGAUGCAGUCGUAUUGUCCGGCGGACCUUACUGGAACGUGCCUAAAGGAAGAAAAGACGGACGAAUCUCAAGAGCUAGUGAAACAAUACUGCUUCCAAAGCCUACAUUCAACAUUUCUCAACUCCAACAAAGCUUCCAUCAGAGAGGUCUAUCAUUAGAUGACUUGGUGGCUCUCUUAGGUGCACACACUCUAGGUUUUACCCAUUGCUCAUCGUUUAUGAACCGUAUAUACAACUUCAACGCCACACAUGACAUAGACCCUACGCUACGUCCAUCGUUUGCAGCAAGCUUGAAGGGCAUAUGUCCACUCAAAAACAGGGCUAAAAAUGCAGGAAUAAACAAUGAUCCUUCACCAACAACCUUUGAUAAUACUCAUUACAGGCUAAUUCUCCAAAAGAAAAGUUUGUUAUCCUCGGAUCAUGCAUUGCUCACUACACCAAAAACGAAGAGCUUAGUUUAUAAGUUUGCUACCUCAAAAGCAGCUUUUCAUAAGGCUUUUUCUAAUUCUAUGAUUAAGAUGAGUAGCCUUACAGGAGGUCAAGAAGUUAGAAAAGAUUGCAGGGUAGUAAACUAAUUAAUUACUUCUACUUAUAAUUAUUAGCAAUUUGAUAUAUCUGCAUAAUUUACAAAUUAGAUGAUCCAGGAAAAUGGAUUGUCUAUCAUUUCCUAUAUUAUACUACUCUAUUAUCUUAAUUUCAUUUUAUUGAUAGCAAUGGAAGAAUUGAUCAAUUGUUUCAAAUGUUAUCAUU